AUGAGCAUGGUUGGGCAUAUGGAACGCUGGAGGCCACUCAAGAAAGUGGCUGGCUACCGGUUGAAGCCAUACCAGCAGCUCCAGCAUCGCGCACAAAUAGGCCACAUCGGCACGAACCAGACCUGGAUGGCUUGUCCAGGCAGGAGUUUGAUUUCAAAGAGGCUUGCGAGAAUUCUGCGGCAUCCAGACCCGUCGCAACCUGCCGUGCCAGUCGACAAAGAUGGCUGGGCCUCCGUGGAUAGGGUCAGAGCGUACCUCCACCAGCCCGAUCUGUUGGAACGUGUCGUUGCAGAAAGUGUGAAGGACGGAAAGCCUCGCUUCGAGUUUGACGACGGGCGCAAGCGGGUACGGGCAACGCCGCGACAUUCGCUGCCGGACUUCGCUACAACAUCGGUGGCAGGCUGGUUGGGAGAUGCCGCAAGCUUCGCCAACGUAAACCGGGCGACAAGCCAGCAGACACCUAUGGACCUUCGUCCUGCCAGGACACAAGUGGACCUUCGUCAAGGUGCACGGUGCCAUGGUUGCGGACGAGAAAAGCGCGAAAUCCGCUUGCCCUGCGGGCACAAGCCGUGCAAGAAGUGCGCAUUCUCGAACAAGAGGUGCCAGAAAUGUGGAUAUCUGCGCCACCACCAAUGUGACUACAGAGACCUGCACAGCAGCAGCGACCCCAUGACGUCGGAGCCGCGAUCCGGCAGCACCCAGAAUUCCGAGACAUCUGCGGUUACGUGGCAUCAGCGGCCCCGUGAAACAGCAGGAAAUCCAUGGAGUCAGACGAGCACGGAUCAGCUGGAAAACCGCUUCGCGUCACUCAUGCGAAGAAUGUACGAGCUGCCUUCGGAUAUCAGGCACUGGAGGUUCCAGAGGAGCGGUGAGUUCGUCACAGCCAAGGUGUGGGUCCUUCACGGCAGCAUAAACUGCAAUCCCCCGACGGAGAGUGCAUUGGAAACGGCGGCAGUUUUCAAGUCUGAGUCCGGACCAGCGAGCUCAAUGGAGGCGGCGGUGGCCAUAAUUUGCAAUGCACACCUUUCAGCGCCUAGGGCUUAG